GAUAAGGAUUUGGACGAAGGUGAUGGACACAGUAAAGGAUACGGAUGCGUCCAUUCACUGGAGGAUUUCUCGGACUAGGCGAUGUCGGAACCGAAGUGGUCGUUUGACCGUCCGACGAGGUGCGUCCCAACGACGUGGAGUGCGGAGUUUAUCGGAUGGACGGAGAGGACGAUGGGAGCGGACUCGUGGACUGCUACGAGUAGAUCGAAGGCGGUGUGUGGGUGCUAUGGUGGCGGUGUGCGCGACUCUAGGCCGCGUCCUUUCACAGAGGACUUUGAGCUCAGAUGCAGUGCGACGGUGACGGUCUACCUCAGCCUCCUCGGCCUAUUGGUUGUCACUUUUCGGCAACGAAAUGCCUCCGAUCGGUUACUAGUCGCGACUUGCCCAGGUAUACGGAUACUGCCCAAUGCAGAGGCCCCCCUUAGAACUUUAGCAGGAUCAAAGACGCUGGUUGGUAACAGCCGCCUAAGGUACCCAGCAAGACCGUUCGGUUAAGACCGGCCUUACAGCCACAGGUUGAAUCUGGGCUCUAAAGCGGAGAGUUACGUAUCGCUGGCUUAGCGUUGACGUUCGCGACCGCGUCUAUGCGGAGCUACGGCUAUCACUAUCUCACGAGGCGCGUACGGAGCAGGUACGGCGGCGCGAGCAGAGAUCUCGACCUAAUGUGACGAGCGACGUGCAGAGGAACGCCCGUUGGGGUUACCAACUACUUAGACAGCCGGAAUGUCCAAGUAAUCGGGUAGAGUCGGUAGGAAAGGCAGCGUCGUCGGCACUUACUAUAGGCAAGAGUACACGCGAAGAAAGAGGAGCUGAGCUCGACUCAAGGUCACUGGACACGAGGUCGACAGCGACGCAAUGGACACCUAAUGGACUCAAGGUCACACACUAAGUCCCCAAGACACAAGUUAGCAUAGUAUCUAAUACAGAGACGGUUACUCACCUAAGUCCCC